AAUUAAUAAUAAUUAAUUAAUUUAAGAUGGGAUUAAUUUAUUUAUGACAGAUUUUUGGUUGAAUUUUUUGGCUUUGAUUUAAUCGAAAUUAUUUAUUUAUUGUUGGCUAGAAUGGACCGGUAAUAUCAGUGAAUAAUAAUAAUAAUAAAAUAGACAUUCCAUGAUGUUUUUUUGAUGACGUGGAUGACGUUUAAGCCACAUGUUCCAGAAUUGCAAAUAGUAAAUAAACACCUGUAAAUAGUAAAAAGCUAUCUCAUGAGAAAAUAGGAAAAAAAAAAAAAAAGUAGAACAUUAAAAUGUCAUGAGAGAAAAAAAUACAAAAUAUGAUUAUAACUUUCCAAGAUCAAUAAGAAGAAUAGCUAAAGCACAUUAUUUAUAAAUAAUUAAUUUUAAAAAAGCAGCAAAGUUAACUGUAAUUUGGCCCAAGGAUAGUUCAAGCUUAUAGAUAACAUAAUUCUAUGAAAAAAAUAUAUAUUGUCUUGUAAUAUUAAAUAAAUAAAAAUGAAUAUCAAAUCAAAAGAAAAAAUAUUGAUAAGAUCAAGGCCAAAUUAUUGACCAAUAAUAUCCUGGUGAAAGGGUAUGUACUUAUCAACAUACUGGUUAAAAAAUAAAUUAAAUAAAUAUUUGUUAUAGUAUGUUGGUUGGAAAGAUAACAAGAGGGGGAUUAACAACAAGAUAUUAAACUAACCAGACGAGUUUUUUUUUAAAUCAGAAAAUUGUGAAAGUUACUUUGUGAAUAACUAACAAUACGUUUGCUCCAACGACAGAAGAAAUUAAUUUUAAUUAUCAAAAAGAAAUUUAAUCAAUAAUCAAUAGAAAAAAAUAAAAUAAAUCAUGAAUGUUGAAGUACUUCAAGCACAACUUGAUAAAUAUAAUCAAGGACAUUUGUUAAAAUUUUGGAAUGAAUUAAAUGAAGAAGAAAAAAAGAAAUUAACUGAUGAUCUUAUAAAUUUAGAUCUUGUUGAGACAAAUAAUUAUUAUAAACGUGCAAUUGAAUUAUCAAAUAUAAAUGAUAAAAUUUUAGAUGAUCGUAUUAAGCCAGUUGAUGAUGAUUCAAUUGAAUCAGUUAAAACUUGUGAUGAUAAUUUAUUAAAAAAAUAUGAAGAUAUUGGAUUAUUGGAAAUUUCAAAUGGACAUGUUGGUGUAUUAUUGAUGGCUGGUGGACAAGGUACACGUCUUGGUGUAACAUAUCCAAAAGGAAUGUAUGAUGUUGGUUUACCAUCACACAAAACAUUAUUUCAACUUCAAGCUGAAAGAAUUAAAAGACUGUGUACACUUGCUGAAAAUAAAUAUGGUAAAUGUGGUGAUAUUGUUUGGUAUAUAUUGACAAGUGAAGCAACUUAUCAAAUGACAAAUGAUUUUUUGAAAAAUCAUAAUUACUUUGGUCUUAAGGAAAAUAAUGUCAAGACAUUUAAACAAGCAAUGAUACCAUGUUAUGAUUUUGAUGGUAAAAUAUUACUUGAUGAAAAAUUUAAAGUAUCAAGAGCACCUGAUGGUAAUGGUGGACUUUAUCGUGCUCUUGUUGUAUCUGGUAUUUUAGAUGACAUGAUUAAACGUGGUAUUAAAAGUGUACAUGCACAUUCAGUUGAUAAUAUAUUAAUUAAAGUUGCUGAUCCAAUUUUCAUUGGUUAUUGUUUGAGUAAAAAUGCUGAUUGUGGAGUUAAAGUUGUUGAAAAAUUUGAACCAACUGAAGCUGUUGGUGUUGUUUCACAAGUUGAUGGAGUUUAUCGAGUUGUUGAAUACAGUGAGAUAAGUAAAAAAACAUCAGAAUUAAAACGUCCAGAUGGAAGUUUAUUAUUAAAUGCUGGUAAUAUUUGUAAUCAUUAUUUUACUGUAUCAUUUCUUCAUGAUGUUGCUAUUAAUCAUGAAAAAGAAUUAGAUCUUCAUAUUGCUAAAAAAAAAAUUCCAUAUGUUGAUGAUAAUGGAAUACGUCAAAUUCCAAAAAUACCAAAUGGUAUUAAAGUUGAAAAAUUUGUAUUUGAUGUAUUUAAAUAUUCUAAAAAAUUUGUUGCUUGGAAUGUACCAAGAAAUGAAGAAUUUAGUCCAUUAAAAAAUUCUGAUAGUGCUGGACAAGAUUGUCCAUCAACAGCUAAAUCAGAUGUUAUUGAACUUCAUAAACGUUGGCUUAUAAAUGCUGGUGUUAAAAUUAUUAAGGGUGAUGUUGAAAUAUCACCAUUAAGAUCAUAUUCUGGUGAAAAUUUAACAAACAUUCCAAGUAUCAUACAAGGACCUAAAGUAUUAGAUUAAAUUUACAAAAUUUUAUUUUAUUUUUUUUUUUAAAUUUUUAAACAAUAUACAAAAAAUCAAUUUUUUUAUUUUAGUAAUCAU